GGGCCGGGCCGGGCCGGGCCGGGCCGGGGGAGGCGAGCGCGGAGCCGCAUCCUGCGGAGGGGCGGGAGCAGGCGGCUGGCCCGGCGCCAUGCAGAGGAGGAGCAGCAAAUCCCCGGAGCACAUUAAAAAGCGAGGCUGAGCGGCAGCCGGGGAAGGAAGAAAACACCUCCAUAGAAGGCAGCGGAGCAGCGGCCGCAGCAGCGUCCGCAACGCCGCGCAGGGGCCGCGGCUGCCGGCCCCCCAACUUUCCGGCGGCGGCUCGGCCGGGCCGGGCGGUGGCCGCGGCUUUUCCCGGGCGGGUGGCCGAGCCCGCAGCCCCGCCGCAAGAUGCCCGCCGCGCUGCCCAGCCUGCUGGCCUGGCUGGCCGUGCUGCUGCUCGGAAGGGCCCGCCCGGCCGACGCCUGCAGCUGCUCGCCCAUCCACCCGCAACAGGCCUUCUGCAACGCCGACGUAGUGAUCCGAGCAAAAGCCGUCUCUGCGAAAGAGGUGGAUUCGGGGAACGAUAUAUACGGGAAUCCGAUCAAACGAAUCCAGUAUGAAAUCAAGCAGAUCAAGAUGUUUAAGGGCCCUGACAAGGACAUAGAGUUCAUCUACACGGCUCCGUCCACUGCCGUGUGCGGCCGGCUGCUGGACACCGGCGGGAAGAAGGAAUAUCUCAUCGCAGGCAAGUCAGAGGGCAACGGCAAGAUGCACAUCACGCUCUGCGACUUGGUCUCCACCUGGGACUCGCUGAGCCCGACCCAGAAGAAGAGCCUAAACCAGCGGUACCAGAUGGGCUGCGAGUGCAAGAUCUCGCGCUGCCUCUCCAUCCCCUGCUUCGUCUCCUCCUCGGACGAGUGUCUCUGGACAGACUGGGCGAUGGAGAAGAACAACGUGGACGGGCGGCAGGCGAAGCACUACGCUUGCAUCAAGAGGAGCGACGGCUCGUGCGCCUGGUACCGCGGCAUGGCCCCCCCCAAGCAAGAGUUUCUCGACAUCGAGGACCCCUAAGCCAAACGAGCGCAUUCCAGUAGCCAGUAGAAAAAAACCUGCGAGAUGUUAGACUGGUCCACGCUGAUAUCAAUUCCUGGAGACAGCAUGAAAAUCCGCUCGGUCGCGGGGGCCCCUGGGCUGCGGCGCCUGCCACAUGCGUGCGGGGGGCAGGGACGGGGACCCGCUCCGUCGCAGGCACCUGGCAGCCCGCGGCCAUGCCAGUGGCAGGGCUGAGUGGGGCGCAGGGGGACCCCCCCCACCAGGGCCACGUCCCUGCCCGGCCACGCUCAGCCCUGGCGCCCCAGAAGGAAUGGAGCCCUCGUGAGUGGCGGGAGCUGCCCCGUCUGCGUAGCAGGUCUACCAGUGCCCCUGCCGCGAGGCAACCGCCCCAGCAGCUCCUGCCAGACAGCCCUCCCCACCACAGCAUCCCCAGACACCCUCCAGCACCAGGGACCCCCCACCCCCCUCCCCACCCACUGCUUGUCCGUCCCUUUGGGGUGCAGGAAGGGCACAGCUCGCCAGGCCCGGGCUUGGGGGGGCUUUACCGUGCGUCAGAGCCCCGUCUGUGUGCAAGAGGGCUGGAUGGCUCCUGCGCAGGCGCCAUGUCCCAAAAAGCCGGAGGGGCGCAUGGCUGGGGUGACCCCCCUGCAUGCACCCGGGUGCUGCUGCCCCUUUCUCCACAUGCUUCUUGCCCCAUGGGGAUGCAGAGGUGAGCACGGCACUCACCACCUUCCCCAGCAUUGCACGGGGGUCCACCGCAAACCCCUGCGUGGGUGGAAAGCUGCUGCCAGACCCUUCUGCCACCGCCGAUGGGCUCAGCCCCACCGGCCUUGGCAGGCAGCGGGGCUUGGCAGGGCAUUCCCCCCCGGCAGGGCACCCGAGGCAGGAGCAGGUCCCCAGGAGCCCCGGUGGCACGGUGCAGGGUGUUUACCAUCGCCUUGUGCAGCUGUUUGCUGAGCCGAGCCCUGGCCUUCGGCAGCGCUGCAGCAUCCCGGCCAGUCCCACUCCCUGCUCUGCCACGGCAGGGAUGGAGGCCGGCACCUGGCACAGCCGCAGGAAAACCCGUCCCCUCCAGGGAAUCCUCCCACACACCUCGGGCCCCGCUUUCUCUGAGCCAUUCCCAGGUCGCAGCGGCACCAGCGUGUGCCGCGGAGCUCCGGUGCGCCCGCCGCCCCGUCCCGCAGCCCUGGGGAGCGUGCCGGGAACCAUCCCCGCAACCCUGCUCCGGGGGCGUUUUCAUGCUGUGCGUCCCUGGGAGGUUUAAGAUGUCGUACUGGACCAGUCUGGGCCAUUUCAACAUAUUAAAGAGAAAAAUUAAAAAGAAAGAAAAAGAAAAAAAAAACCCCAACCUCUAAUCAAUCCCAUAUACGACUCCCGUUCGCUUUCUGUAUGGUUGUACCCGCUGCUGCUGUCGCUGGUAUCUGUCUGUCAGUCAAUAUCGC